AUGACAAUGGGGUUGUGUGUUAAAAAAAUCAAAUUGAAUGAAGAUUUUUGGAUGAGACAUUCAUUAAUUGCAUUAUUCUCUUGGUACGUUAUUAUAUUAUUGGAUGAACAAAACCCCACACAUAUUGAGAAUUUAAGAAUUAUAACACCAUUCAUUUCAAAAUGGAAUGAAGCAGAAAUUAAAUCUAAACAGGAAAAAAUAUCCGAAGACGAUAUUAAUGAGGAUAUUGAUAUUGAAGAAGAUGAUGAUUCAAAUGACUACAUAAACAUAAAAUACAUUAAUAACAACAAUGAUGAUGAAUUAGAAGAAUUUUAUGAUGAAUCAAGUGAAAAGAAAUCCAAUAAAGAAGUUGAAGACAAGAUGGAAUUUGAUUGGAAUAAUACAGAUUCAAACGAGGAUAUAAACAUAGAAUACAUUAAUAACAAUAAUGAGGAGGAAUUAGAAGAAAAUGAUGAUGAGGAUGAUGAAAUGGAAUUUGAAGAGCCUGAUGAUGAAGAGUUUGAAGAUCCAUCGUCAAUUCAUAGAAUAACUGAGGGAGUGAACAAUCAUUGGAGUUUCAAUUUCCAAGAAGACCAUUCAUCUCUUAAAGAUUUGAAUGGUUUUAAUUUUUAA